CGGAACCCCACCAACCUGCGAGAUCACAAUCAGGGAUGAUCUACAGCUAGCAAUUCUCUCGGUAUGAUGCUAUUAUGAACCCUACCAUCUCUUAAACAAUUAUUUGCGAUACUUCAGUGCUUGCGACAUUAGUAGGACUUGAUCAGGGAAGUCAGAAUUUCACUGGAAAAGUAGACGAAUCAGCUUCAUUAGCCCAUUAUGAGUCAAGUUACAGAGUUGCUGAAUCCUACGGCAGCGACAUCUGUCGCACUUGUUACACCCGAAAUUGAAGCAUUAACUAUCAACGAACCUGAAAAGUACACGGACAAGAAGGAAACACUAUCGUCAGAUGCAUUUUCUUCUAAUGAAAAAACUACGCCACAGCCAUAUUAUAUCGAAAAUGGUUUACGACGUGUUGCUCCCUACCAUUUCACAUACAAGACCUGGUGUAAACAACGAUGGAGAGGGAGAAAACUUAUAGACGUAUUCGAGAGCGAGUUUAGAGACCGUCCAUUAGCAUAUUAUAAGAAUGCCAUGGAAACCGGCCAAAUAUGCGUCAACGGCAAGCCGACUAGCCCAGAUCAUAUCCUCGUCAACGGAGAGUUAGUAUCGCAUACGAUACAUCGCCACGAGCCUCCUGUCACAGCAGAUCCUAUUGGAAUUCUCCACGAGGAUGAUGACAUGAUCGUCAUUAACAAGCCUUCUGGUAUACCAGUUCACCCUGCUGGACGAUAUAACUUUAAUUCGGUCAUCGAAAUCAUGAAAGCCGAGAGGAGUCCGGAAUGGAUUGCAUAUACCUGCAACAGGCUUGACAGGUUAACCAGCGGAAUCAUGUUCGUUGCAAAACACCCAAAGGCCGCCGACCGUCUAAGUGAACAGAUCAAGCAGAGAACUGUGCGAAAAGAAUACGUCGCUAGAGUGAUUGGCAAUUUUCCGGAUGAGGAAAUAGUGUGCAAUCAACCUUUACUUCAGAUCUCUCCCAAACUUGGGUUGAACCGAGUACGAGCUAGUGGGAAAACGGCUCGGACAGUCUUCAAGAAGCUCGCAUAUUACCCUCCACGUGCGCCUCAAGGACCGGAACAGGAUAAAGAUUCUCAAAACGCAGAAAAUAUCGUCGCGGGGAAGAGCAAGCCGUGGUUGCGAAACGAGGGGUAUUCAAUCGUACGGUGUCUUCCCGUCACCGGUCGAACUCACCAAAUCCGCGUUCAUCUUCAGCAUCUAGGAUAUCCAAUCGAAAAUGAUCCAAUCUAUGCUAAUCAAAGGGUUUGGGGCUUUAACCUUGGUUAUAAUGAUCCCGAGGCCCUAGAAAAUACAGAUGAUGACAUCAUUACGCGUCUCAACCGCAUGGGGAAAGAAGAAGUUGCAGACGCCGUCGCUUACCAUGACGAGAUGGUUGACCAGUAUUAUAAGAGGAAAGCAGAGAAGAUGUCUGGCGAGCUAUGUGAAGUUUGCGACACUCCCUUAUACACGGACCCCGGAUUGCAAGAACUAUCACUGUGGUUGCAUAGUUUACGAUAUGAAGAUGCAGGCGGCGAUUGGAGUUAUGUCAGUCCCCUCCCUGGCUGGGCUCUCCCCCCGUCUGGCAUGUCGGGACCUACAGAGGUGGGGGGCAUGGAAGAGUUGGUAUCAGCAGUAAAAGACGUCAACCCCGAAAUAGCAUAACCUCCGGUCGAAGCAAAAGACGGCAGGAUGACCAUCCUUCCAACUUCAGAUAUCAAAUACUUCCCCGCCAUAUCCUGACGAAUAGAUGGUC